ACAGGAAGCCAAAGAAAAAAAAUCUUUUCAACUCAAGAGCUCGUAAGCCUCUCACUCUCUCUCACAUUUGAUCGUGUUCUCCUUCGUUACGGGUUAACGAAAAACUCCAAGCAACAUGGGGUGCUUCUUCUCUAAAAAAUCCAAAAGGAAGUCCUCGGAAAAAGAUGAACGUACGCCGACAACAACGACCGUUGAAACUACGACGACGACAAACAGCUCGGUUCCCCUUGGCAACAACAGCGAGGAGCCUCCGAAGCAGUACAGCUGGGACAAGAGAGAAAAGGUUGACCCCAAAGACUACAUGCUGUCGGGGCUCAAAGACGUGACGGUGGGCCGGCAUCCGGGCAAACUGAACGGCCAGCAGUUUGUGAUCCAGGACUGCGAGAACUGCAACAUCUUCGUCUUCGACCACGCGGCAACCAUCACCAUCGACGACUGCGUGAACUGCCGCAUCAUGCUGGGCCCCAUCAAGGGCAGCGUCUUCUUCAGGGACUGCAAGGACAUCAAGUGCGUGGUGGCCUGCCAGCAGUUUCGCACGCGGGACUGUAAAAAGAUGGAGGUGUUCCUGUGCUGCGCCACACAGCCCAUCAUCGAGGCGUCCACGGGGAUGAAGUUUGGCUGCUUCCAAUACUUCUACCCCGAUCUCGCCUUCCACUUCAAGGACGCCGGCCUCAGCAUCUUCAACAACAACUGGAGCAACAUCCACGACUUCACGCCCGUUUCUGGGGAGAACAACUGGAGCCUGCUGCCGGAGUCGUCCAAGGUUCUGGAUUUUGUGCCCGUCCCUGACCCAGAAUCUGAAUUCAAGUCGGUUCGGAUCUCGGGCGACCCUGAACGCAGCAUCGUGCCUCUGACAAAAGGUGGCCGGCGUAAGGACAGCGAUGAGUCCUGCCUCUUUGUGUUCUUCGCCGGAGAAUACACCACCGCUAACGCCCGCAAACUCAUCGAUGAGGUGACGGCUAAAAGCUUCGUGCUGGUCCAGACCAAGGAGGUGUCGAUGAGACCUGAAGACGUGAAGAGGGUUUUCCAGAACAGCGCAGACGAGCUAGUGGACUGGAUCACCAAAGGUCCGGUUAUCGCCCUGGAGCUGAGCGGAGGCGGCGUGGUGGACGCCUGCAGGAGCAUCGCCGACCAGGUGUUCCCCGGCACCAAGGUUUUCGUCUCUGAAAAUAAAAACUCUUCCUCCAGAGACGUCGACAACUUCUUCAACUUCGCCGACAUGCAGAUGGGAUUGUGAGAAAGCGAAACGCCUGCAGCUCGGCUCCAGUUGGAUUGGAUUGGCCCCAGAAAACGAGAUAGCAAAUCACAAAUAUUGCAGAGAUCCAGAAAGGCUGCAGUUCACCCGACCGUGAGUCUGCAGCCGCGACGCUCGAAGCGGAGCGAGCGGUGAAUAUUUAUAUUUCUAUGAAUGUCGCUUUUAUCGAUUGUGAAUGUAGAGCUUUGCUGUAAAUGUUUAAUUUAAUGUCGCUGCAGAAAAACCAUGAGCACACGAACGCCUGAGGGAAAACAUUUUAUAUAAAUAAACCAUAUUUUUAUUUUGUUCAAGGAUUUAUUUGUGUAUUAGAUAAUGGACUUGUUAUGAAUGUAUAUUUGAGACAUGCUGAGUAGAUGUUUAUCACAUAUUUACUGGUUUCUGUUAGGCCAAAGUUUAAUCAUGAACGUCUGCAUUUUGGUUGAUGUAGACAUGUGAUUUUUAUUUUGUGAUAUUUGUUUUAUACUCUGCUGAAUGUUUUUGUAUGGAAACACAUGUAUUGUCUUUAUCAUUGUUUUUAGUAAAACGUUUCGUUACGUCUGACUUUAUUUUCUUACGAGGCUUUUUAAACACUGUUGGAAGAAGCAGUGAUGCUGGACACACAUUAAAAGACAUACAUUAUGAACAAUUGGGUAAAUAGUCUGUCUUCCUGGGUUCAUUUCGCUACUGAUAUUUGCAAAACUACUUAAUUGUAAAGGA